CUUGUGCAGGGUGUACCCCGCCUACCGCCCGUAUGCAGCUGAGAUAGGCUCCAGCGACCCCGAAAGGGACAAGCGGUAGAAAUUGGAUGUAUGGAUGGUGAGGAUUGUGAUUGAUUCUUCAUCUAAACAAAAUUAUUUGAGCAUCCCGUCGUUCGGCAUCCCAGCCAGAGUGGAAAUAUUACAUACUCCGGGUAGCCUGCACGGGCCGCUGCAGUACCACCAGGGUCACUUGACGUAGAAGAAGAAAACACCGUGGUGACGUCAGUAGCAUGUGCGGACAUCGUAGCGUCUAGAAAGUUCUCCCAGUUGGACGAAAGGUGACGACACAUUCAAACAUUCCACCAGCGAAAAUCAUUGUCAAGGCUAGAAAAUGUCGGCCAUCGCCCAGGAACAUGUGCGGGGGGAAAGCGUCUUUAAGGACCUGAGCGCCGACGACGACGAGUGGCAGGCGACGGAGAUGGCGAGCUUGUGCAUGAACUGCUACCAGGACGGCGUCACACGUCUGCUGCUCACCAAGAUCCCUUUCUUCAAGGAGGUCAUUGUGAGCUCCUUCAGCUGCGACAAAUGCAGCUGGUCCAACACGGAGAUCCAGUCCGCGGGGCGCAUUCAGGAGCAAGGCGUCUGCUACACGCUUAAAGUCCGAAGCAAACCGGACUUAGACCGGGAAGUGGUGAAGAUGGACAGCGCCACCACCAGGAUACCAGAGCUGGACUUUGAGAUCCCUCCCUUCACGCAGAAAGGCUCCCUGUCCACCAUCGAGGGCCUUCUGGACCGGGCUGUCGCCGGCUUGGAGCAGGACCAAGUGGCCAGACAGGCAGCCGACCCAGAGGUGGCCGGCAAAAUAAACGCCUUCAUCCAGAAACUUAAAAAGCUCAAAGACGUGCAGGAGGAAUUCACUCUGGUCAUUGAAGAUCCGUCAGGCAACAGUUUUGUGGAGAACCCAAUGGCCCCCCGAAAGGACGAGGCCCUCACCGUGUCCCGGUUCAGGCGGAGCGUUCGGCAGGAGAAACAGCUGGGUUUGAGGGCGGAUGACGACCCAGAGGACGAGGAGCCACCCGGCGACGACUUGGACACCAUGAGGAGUGAAGUUUUGGUGUUCAACACCAACUGUCCCGAGUGCAACGCCCCGGCCUCCACCAACAUGAAGCUGGUCCAGAUCCCUCACUUCAAGGAGGCCGUCAUCAUGGCCACCAACUGUGACAGCUGUGGACAUCGGACCAAUGAGGUCAAGUCGGGCGGUGCCACCGAGGAAAAGGGCACCAAGAUCUCCCUGCGCAUCAGCGCCGCUUCUGACAUGACCCGAGACCUGCUCAAGUCUGAGACCUGCAACGUCCUCAUCCCCGAGCUGGAAUUGGAGCUCGGCAUGGGGGCGGUGUGUGGGAAGUUCACCACCCUGGAGGGCCUGCUGACCGACAUCCGGGACCUCAUCGUCUCCAAAAACCCCUUUGUCUGCGGCGAUAGCGGCGAGUCCGAUCGCAUGCAGAAGCUAAAGGAGUUUGGUGAGAAGAUUGACAAGAUCAUAGCCGGGGAGAUGAAGGUCCACAUCAUCCUGGAUGACCCGGCCGGGAACAGCUACCUGGAGAACGUGUACGCCCCUGAGGCCGACCCGGAGAUGACCGUCGAGAAGUACACUCGUUCGUUUGAGCAAAACGAAGAGCUGGGUCUGAACGAUAUGAAAACGGAAGGCUAUCAGGAAGUCAACUGAAAGCUCUCAAGAGACCGAGAACCAUCUUUGUCGUCUCCUGACAGGAAAUUUCUAAAUGAGUUCAGGAGUAAACAAAUUCUCAAAAGACAAGAAAGCUUUGCCUCCAAGCCAGUGUUGUUUUUAUUGUAUCAUGGGUUUUUUUGGGUUACUUUAUCAUCAUCAGUAUGUUUUAAUAAUGGCAAGAAGUUCUAAGUUGUUUGUUGGUGCAGUGGAAACUAAGUCUACAUGCCAUUGCAGAUAAUCCUGUUCAAGACUUGGGAAUUUUGGUUGCAAUGCCUAGAUGUGCCACAAGAGGGUGCUCAGCCAUAGCUGGGAGUUCUCAUGGGUUUUAAAUUUUCUGUUUGUCAGUAUCAUUUCAAUGACAAACAGCAGUCAUAAUGGCAAGUGGGGUAAGAAAACAGAAUGACUGGUCAAAAUGUUAUUUUAUUUGGACAACAAAGCCAUGUUGCCUUCAUAUUAUUUAGAGCCUUGUGGGAGUUAGAAGGCAAAAUGUACAAUUAAAGCAACAGAGGCUCCUAUAUGUGUUGAUAUGGAAGUGCAAGAGCUAUUUGGAAAUAAAUAAUUAUGGAACGUCACUCGAGCA